AUGGAACUGCUCUGGACACCUUUGCUGCUGGUGGCUGCUUGCCUCUCAGAGGUCUUUGGCUCACCAGAGAUUGACACCGGAAUCAACAUUUCCCAGCCUUUGCACAUCCUGGAGGAUCAUAACUUAAUGGUGCUGACUCCCGCAGGCUUGACGCAGAUGCUGAAUGAGACCCGCUUCCUAAUGGUGAUUUUCCACAAUCCAUCGUUAAAACAGUCCAGGAAGCUGGCCAAGGAGCUGGGCAAAGCUGCAGAGAUCUUCGGGAAGGGCAAGAAUGGCUUGGGCUUUGGCAAAGUGGAUAUCACCAUGGAGAUAGAGCUUCAGCAGGAGUUUGACAUCACCCAUGCCCCGGAAUUGAAGCUGUUCUUUGAGGGCAACAGGUUAAAGCCCAUCAGCUGUAAAGAUGUGGUUGAGUCGACAGCCUUGGUUGUUUGGUUGAGAAGACAAAUUAGCAAGAAAGCACUUUUGUUCAACAACAGCGAGGAAGUGGCUGAUUUUGUGAAAUCCAGGCCCUUGGUCAUUGUUGGCUUCUUCCAGGAUUUAGAGGAAGAAGUGGCAGAAUUAUUUUAUGACACCAUCAAGGACUUCCCAGAACUAACGUUUGGAGCAAUACAAAUAAAAAAUUCCUUCGGGCGAUUCCACGUGAUCCUUGACAGUGUCCUGGUGUUUAAAAAGGGAAAAAUCGUGAAACGUCAAGAGCUUAUUAAUGACAGUACAAACAAAGACCAUCUCAAUCAAGUCAUAAAGCAACAGCUCACAGGCUUUGUGAUUGAGUUAAACCCUGAGAAUAAGGACCUGAUUUAUGAACUGAACAUCUUGAAUCACAUGCUUCUCUUUAUCUCCAAAAACUCAGAGCUGUACAGCACCAUAAGCAGGCAUUACAGACAAAUUGCAAAGGAAUUCCAGAACAAGAUUCUUUUCGUCCUGGUGAAUGCGGAUGAACCUAAAAACAAACGCAUCUUUGAGUACUUCCAGAUCUCAAGAGUCAAUGUCCCAUCUGUUCAAAUCCUGAACUUAAGCUCUGACGCCAGGUAUAAAAUGCCCACGGAUGACAUAAACUUUGAAAGCCUCAAAAAGUUCUGCAACAGCUUCCUCAGCAAAACUGCCAAGAAACACAAAUCCAGUGAAGAGAUUCCAAAAUAUUGGGACCAAGGGCCAGUUAAGAAGCUCGUGGGGAAGAACUUCAAUGUGGUCGUCUUUGAUAAGGAAAAGGAUGUGUUUGUGAUGUUCUAUGCACCCUGGUCUGAGAAGUGCAGGGUGCUGUUACCACUGCUGGAAGAGUUGGGCAUAAAGUAUCAAAACCACUCCACAGUCAUCAUUGCUAAGAUUGACAUAACAGCAAAUGACAUUCAGCUGGCGAACCCAGAACAGUACCCAUUCUUCAGGCUUUUCCCUACUGACUCGCAAGAGGCUGUCAUGUAUAAAGGCGAGCACACCAUGAAGGGCUUUUGUGACUUCCUGGAAAACCAUGUCAAGGUUAGGAUUGAGGAAGAAGAUGAGCUAUUGUACAUUGAGCAAAAUGAAGAAGAGGAGGUGUUAGCUGAGCCGGAGAUUCAGCUCAUAGAGAAGUUGCCCGAGAAUCCGCUGCUCAAGAGAGAGGACACAAGCAAACAGGCCAGGGUAGUGAAAGGGUCUCCUGCGCUGGACAGUAUAAGCAAGCCAGAAGAGCCGGAGAGAAGGAAGGAAACAGCUGAGAGGGAGGAGGUGGCGGCUCAGCCGAAGGAACAGCCAAAACCAGAGAGAAAACUGGAAGUCAAAGAAGAACUUUAGCUUCUCCGAAGCCAGGGAGAAAGGA